GCACGGAGCAAGGGGCACUCUCACAGACGAAUGUCUACUUGCUUCGCUGGGUUGAGCAUCGUCGCAAGCCUCGGCACCCCCAAGCCGUCCUCCGCCUCCGCACGCCCCAGGCUCAUCAGGAACGCGCCCGUCUUCGCCGCCGCCACCGCCGUCGUGUAAGCCGACGAACGAGAAGCUCAUCAAAAAGUCAGACGAGAGAGAGGCGAGGAGUAGUAGCAUCCAAGCCGGCCGGCCAUAGGAAGAGGAGAAGAUGAGCGGGUGCCUUUGCCUCCCUAAAAAGAAGGAGGGGGUCUCCGCAGCGAAGCAGUCCAUAAAUUCCCCCGCCUCGUCACUCCUCCAGAACCAGAAGCCCACCCAACCUCCACCUCCUCCUUCCAAGAAGGGCAUGGACGCCGUCGAGCGCUUGAAGAGCGGGUUUGACAAGUUCAAGACCGAUGUCUAUGACAAGAAGCCGGAGCUGUUCGAGCCGCUCAAGGAGGGCCAGGCACCCAGGUACAUGGUGUUUGCCUGCUCCGACUCCCGUUGCUGCCCGUCGGUGACCCUGGGCCUGCAGCCCGGCGAGGCCUUCACCGUCCGCAACAUCGCCGCCAUGGUCCCACCUUACGACAAGACCAAGUACACCGGCAUUGGGUCCGCCAUCGAGUACGCCGUCUGCGCCCUCAAGGUGGAGGUCCUCACCGUCAUCGGCCACAGCCGCUGCGGUGGCAUCAAGGCGCUCCUCUCCAUGAAGGACGGCGCACCUGACAACUUCCACUUCGUCGAGGACUGGGUCAGGAUCGGCUUCCUCGCCAAGAAGAAGGUGCUGACCAACCAUGCCUCGGUUCCGUUCGAUGACCAGUGCACCCUCUUGGAGAAGGAGGCCGUCAACGUGUCCCUCUACAACCUCCUGACCUACCCCUGGGUGAAGGAAGGUGUGGCCAACGGGACACUCAAGCUGGUCGGCGGCCACUACGACUUCGUCAACGGGGUGUUCUCCGUGUGGGAGAAAUAAGCCAUGGCGGACGCCGUCGAGCGCUUGAAGACCGGGUUCGAGCAGUUCAAGGCCGAUGUCUACGACAAGAAGCCGGAGCUGUUCGAGCCGCUCAAGGCCCACCAGUCCCCCAAGUACAUGGUGUUCGCCUGCUCCGACUCCCGCGUGUGCCCGUCGGUGACCCUGGGCCUGCAGCCCGGCGAGGCCUUCGCUGUCCGCAACAUCGCCAGCAUGGUCCCACCCUACGACAAGACCAAGUACGCCGGCGUCGGGUCCGCCAUCGAGUACGCCGUCUGCGCCCUCAAGGUGGAGGUCAUCGUCGUCAUCGGCCACAGCUGCUGCGGCGGGAUCAAGGCGCUCCUCUCGCUCCAGGACGGCGAGGCCGACAAGUUCCACUUCGUCGAGGACUGGGUCAGGAUCGGCGCCCCCGCGAAGGCGAAGGUGCAGGCCGACCACGCCUCAGCUGCUUUCGAGGACCAAUGCUCCAUCUUGGAAAAGGAGGCCGUCAACGUGUCCCUUGAGAACCUCAAGACCUACCCGUUCGUCAAGGAAGGGCUGGAGAAGGGGACCCUCAAGCUGGUCGGCGGCCACUACGACUUCGUCUCCGGCAAGUUCGAGACAUGGGAACCCUAAGAGGCCAACCAGGCCAGUACACCAUAUACCUACAAAUAUGCUCCCGAUCGAUAUAUAUGACUGCGUGGAGCACAACUAAUUCGCCCCUAUACAGCCAUACCGUAUUGCUCUAUGUGGACUGUAAUAAGCGAUGGAAAUUUCUACCGUGGAGGAUUUAUUUGUUUUUUUUUUUGUAAUGUAUGAUGCAUAAUUUGAUCGAUCUGUGGUCAAAAGACAUCAGCUAUAAUGAUCUUUUCAUUAAUAUUAUCAUGAAGAGAGAAAAGAGUUUACCUUUUUAUGCUACCUCUCUUGCUGUUCCCCAACUUUAA